AUGAAAAGAAACAAAGAGAAUCAGAACAAGAGCUUGAAAAAAAGAAAAAAGAGAUGGAGAAGGAGCUCGAGAAACAAGCAGAAAAAAAAGGCAAAGGAAUCGGAAAAACAAAACUCAGCUAACUCUGAAAUGCAAAAAACAAUCGAAAAACUGAAACAAAAGAAUUCGCAACUCGAAGAAAAGGUUGUCACUUUGGACAAGAGCAUUGCCGAUAUGAAGCAAAAGCACUCGAAAGAGUUGAAAGAGGCUGCAGACAAGCUAAAGGAACAAAAGGAGGGCUCCUUGAAACAUGCUCAAUUGAAGAUAGUGAGAAUGAAAAAACAAAUUCAAGCAGUUAAACUGGAAAAUGAUUACCUCAAGGUUGAGGCUCAAGAAAUGCAAAAAGAAUUUCUUGCCUCACUCCACAAAAUAUCCUCAACAGCGCUCAAGAAGCUCAUGGAUGGUUAUAAGGAUCUUGAAGAAAAAUACAAGAAGGAACUCAAAGAAAGGCGAUUGCUGUACAAUCAACUUCAAGACCUGAAAGGUAAUAUUAGAGUCAACUUGAGAGUGAGGCCAUUACUUCCUGAAGAUGGGCAAACUGAAAAUUGCAUUGAAUGUAUUGACGACAAGGAGGUGAAAAUCUAUGACAAGGAGGCUAAAAAGUCAUACAAAUUCGAGUUUGAUAGUGUAUUCGGAACAGAUUCCACACAAGCUCAAGUAUUUGAAGAUGUCAAACCUUUGGCAACUUCUAUUUUGGAUGGAUAUAAUGUUUGUAUAUUUGCCUAUGGACAAACCGGUUCUGGUAAGACUUUUACCAUGGAAGGCCCUCCCAACAAUCGAGGAGUCAAUUACAACACUCUAGAUGAGGUAUUCUUUAUGAUUAAAGAGAGAAAAGGGGAAUAUAAUUAUGAAGUUGAAGUAGCGGUUAUGGAAAUUUAUAACGAAAACCUUCAUGAUCUGCUCACAAAGGAUAAGACCAAGCUUGAAAUUAUGCUCAGCAACAAGGUGACUAUUCCAGGCCUGACUAGGAUAAAAGUUAACUCCUCAGAUGACGUAAGGAAAGUGCUCUCUCAAGGUUAUGAAAACAGAGCGACUGGUAAUAACAACAUCAAUGCUCAUAGUUCCAGAUCUCAUUGCAUCGUCAGCGUUUUUGUUGAAGGAGUGAAUCUCUAUACUCAGCAAAAACUGUCUGGAAAGCUCCACUUGAUUGAUUUGGCUGGAAGUGAAAGACUAAAGAGAACUGAUGUUAAAGGUGACCGGUUGAAGGAGGCUCAAAACAUCAACAAGAGUUUGAGCGCUUUGGGAGACGUUAUUUCAUCUCUUUCAUCAAAGAAGAGCCACAUUCCAUACAGAAAUUCUAAGCUUACUUCCCUGCUUCAAGAUUCACUAGGCGGAAAUUCCAAGAUGCUCAUGUUCGUGAAUGUUAGCCCAACGGUUGAAAGCUGCCCAGAAACGCUGUGCUCCCUUGGGUUUGCUCAACGAGCACGAACAGUUGAAUUAGGAAAAGCCCAAAAGAAUAUUGUUUCUCAAGGCACGACAACAACUGCUUCUUCCAGUAAUAGCAAUAACUAG